AUGGUAGAAGUAUUGGGGAAAAUUAUACUGAAGAAACAGCUGGCAGGAGAAUGGAAAGGGUUAAAAAUCCAUGAUGAUCUAGAUGCAUGCACUCCCUCUCAAUUUUCCAAUGAUACAAUGGUAUUUGGGGAAGCAUCGAUUGAAGAGGCAAAAUGCAUCAUAAGAAUGCUUGACACUUACUUAGAAUGCUCGAGCCAGGUAAUGAACAAAGAAAAGUCCCAAUUGUUUUUCUUUAACCCAAGCAAACAAAACCAACUGCGAAUUGCAAAGCUAAUGGGGAUAAAAAUCACGAAACUACCAAUGAAAUAUUUAGGCAUUAAGAUAGACAAAGGACGUAGACAAACGAAUAUAUGGAAAGACGUCAACAUCGCUUGUGAGGCUAAAUCUGCUUCUUGGAAAAAUCAGUGGCUCUCCCAGGCAGGGAAAAUAACAAUGGUCCAAUCUGUACUCUCUGCAAUUUCGAUUUACAACAUGUCCUGCUUCAGAAUGCCUUCCUCCAUAAGAAGGAACCUUGACAGCCUAUUAAGAAAAUUCAUAUGGGAGGGUGCCAAGGAUGUUAAACGAAUACCUCUUAUCAGUUGGGAUACCAUGUGUCUUGAAAAAGAGGAGGGUGGGGCUAGACUCAGGAAAAUGGAUCUACAAAAUAUGGCCCUUGGUGCAAAACUCACAUGGAAAAUGUAUCGGGAACCCAGGAAACUUUGGUUUAAAAUUUUCAAGAAAAAAUCAAUAAUAACUGACCAUUUAUCUUGGCACAUUGGGAAUGAACAAUCGGCCAAAUUCUGGCAUGAUUCCUGGGAAGGGCAACCUGCUUUGAGUGAUCUAAUUUUGGACAAGGCAUGGAUUCAAUCAGUGGAAGAACAAAUUGGCUCCUUUGUGAGCGACUAUUUCGAUUGCAAUCCGAGUAAUGGAGUUACGUGCUGUUGGAAAUGA